GCGUGGCGAUGUGGGCAUGUCCCAAGUCUGCAGACUUUACAAAGAGCUUCAGCCGCUUUAAAGUCUCGUAGUGAGCGAAGCGCGCUUUGUUUGAUGAUGAACCUCGGACCUGUUGGACACUUUGUCCCGCUCGUCUGCCUCCUGCUGUCCCCGCUGACCGCGCGGUCGGAACUGGACGUCGAUGACGUCAUUCCAGGGCUGCUUUCCUCAGAGGACGGUGUGCGCGCGCCGCGGCUCCGCGGCCAGCGCUCCGUGGACGUGGCGUGGACGUCGCACCGUGACGCCGACAGCAUGAUGGUUACUCUGUCCGCCUUUGGACGGGAGUUCCUCUUAAACCUGACUCGGGACCACACGUUCCUGUCCGAGGACUUCGUGGUGGAGGAGAGACACCGGGACCAACGCGCCGCCGUUUCUCGUCUGUCCACGGAACAGCUCUGCUUCUACUCGGGCUCCAUCGUCAACCGCAGCGACUCCGUGGCCUCCCUGAGCACCUGCAGAGGACUGACUGGACUCGUCCAAAUCGGGGAGGACAGCCUGUUCAUUCAGCCGCUGCACACAAACAGCUCGUCUCACACUUUCGUGGGCCUGAAACAUCAGUUGGUGCGACGCAGACGAUCUGCUCCAAGUCCCAAGCCUGGACCGGCCGACUUCUGUGGUACUGAACAAGGGAAGAAGAAGGAGAAGUUGUCCAAAGUGGAAGAGGACAAUCGUGGAAAGAGAAACACCAUUCUUCAAAAUGAAGUGUACACCAUGGAGACGGUGGUCGUGGCAGACUCUGACAUGGUGCAGUAUCACGGUGCUGAGGCGGCUCAGCGCUUCCUGUUGACCGUCAUGAACAUGGUCUACAACAUGUUCCAUCACCAGAGCUUGGGAGUCAAAGUCAACAUUCGCGUCACCAAGCUGGUUUUGCUUCACAGUCGCCCUGAAAAGCUAAAAGUGGGCCAUCAUGGGGAGAAGUCUUUGGAAAGCUUCUGUCAGUGGCAGUAUCAAGAGUUUGGAGGGCCACGGUAUGUUGGAACCAACCAUGUUCCUGGCGGAAGAGAUGACAUCCCACCAGUGGAUACUGCAGUGUUGGUCACGAGGACUGAUUUCUGUGUUCAUAAGGACGAACCCUGUGAUACUGUGGGUAUCGCAUAUCUGGGUGGUGUUUGCAGUCCCAAGCGGAAGUGUGUUCUCACAGAGGACAAUGGACUCAACUUGGCUUUCACCAUUGCUCAUGAGCUGGGACACAACAUGGGGAUGAGCCACGAUGAUGACCACGCCACCUGCAGUGGACACUCUCACAUCAUGUCGGGUGAGUGGGUGAAGGGGCGGAGCCCCGGCGACCUCUCGUGGUCUUCCUGCAGUCGUGACGACCUGGACAGUUUCCUAAGAUCCAAAGCCAGUAGCUGUCUGUUGCACACAGACCCCAGCAGGCGGUACCAGGUCCGCCUGUCCCCCAAGCUGCCGGGCAUGCACUACAGCGCGGAUGAACAGUGCCAGAUCCUCUUUGGAACCAAUGCCACCUUCUGCAACAACAUGGAGAAUUUCAUGUGCGCUGGCCUCUGGUGUUUGAUACAAGGAGACGCAGUGUGUAAGACCAAAUUGGAUCCACCUCUGGAUGGGACCGAGUGUGGAGCUGACAAGUGGUGUCGUGCAGGUGAGUGUGUCAGCAAGGCCCCCAUUCCUCAGCACGUGGAUGGCGACUGGAGUCUAUGGAGCCAGUGGAGCAUGUGCAGCCGGACCUGUGGAACCGGAGUCCAGUUCAGACAGAGGAAAUGCGACAACCCUCCACCGGGUCCGGGUGGUCGAAACUGCCAGAAAGCCAGUGUGGAACACAAGGCCUGUGAGGGUUCCCCGUGUCCUAAAGGAGCUCCCAGCUUCAGAGACCUGCAGUGUCUGUCGUAUGACCGCCACGGCAGCAAGAAUAAGGGCAGCAUGUUGACUGCUGUUGUCAAUGAUGAGAAGCCGUGUGUGUUGUUCUGCAGCCCAGUGGGUCGAGAUGUUGCAGUUCUGAUGGCUGACAGAGUGAUGGACGGGACACCGUGUGGACCGUAUGACAGUGACCUGUGUGUUAACGGGAAGUGUCAGAAAAUUGGCUGUGAUGGGAUCAUUGGCUCUACAGCAAAGGAAGACCGCUGUGGUGUUUGCAGUGGAGAUGGGCGCUCCUGCAGGAUUGUGAGGGGAGAUUUCAACCACACCAAGGGAAUGGGCUACAUCGAGGCUGCAGUCAUCCCGGCAGGCGCCAGGAGGAUCAAAGUUGUAGAGGACAAACCUUCCCACAGCUUUCUUGCCUUGAAAGACUCCAGCAAGAGGUCCAUCAACAGUGACUGGAAAAUUGAGCUGCCAGGAGAGUUUGAGCUGGCUGGGACCACGGUGCGCUAUGUGCGGAGGGGAUUGUGGGAGAAGAUGUCUGCCAAAGGACCCACUAAAACCCCCCUGCACCUGAUGGUGCUGCUCUUUCAUGAUCAGAGCUAUGGCAUCCAUUAUGAGUACACGGUGUCUUUGAAUGCCACUCAGAACACGAGCAGUGAGGAGCAGAAGGAAUCCGAGGCGCUGUACAUCUGGACGCACAGCGGCUGGCAGGACUGCACGGUCCAAUGUGGAGGAGGUGAGAGGAAGACCAUGGUCUCCUGUAUGAAGAUCGCCAAUAAGACCAUGGAAGUGGUCAACGACAGCUUCUGUCAUCCAGAAAACCGGCCACAGCCCAAAGUACGAACCUGCAACUCCCACAACUGCCAGUACUGGUGGGUGGCCGGCGAGUGGGGUAGCUGCUCAGUCACCUGUGGGAAAGGAGUCCAGCACAGGGAGGUGGUCUGUGUCUACCAACUCCAAAACGGCUCCAUCAUCCACACCAGAGACCUGUACUGUCACCAAGCCAAACCUGCAGUCCUGCAGGGCUGCGAGGGGCACCUCUGCCUUACCAUGUGGGAGGCGUCUGAAUGGUCUGAGUGUUCAGUGGAUUGUGGUCACGGUGUUCGCACACGGACCGUGUCUUGCACCAACCCGCAGGGAUUAUGUGACCCUCUGUCCCAGCCUACCGAGGUGGAGCCCUGCGAGGACUAUUCCAAAUGUUACGAGUGGAAGACUGGAGACUGGUCAAAGUGCUCAUCAUCCUGUGGGCGGGGCCUGCAGUCCAGAGUCGUUCAGUGUAUGCACAAAGUGAAUGGUCGCCAUGGUAAUAACUGUCUCGUGACGCUGAGACCACUGACCUACCGACCCUGUCACCAUGGUACCUGCAACGAGAAAAUCAACGUAAACACCAUCACUUCACCCAGACUCGCUGCUCUGACCUACAAAUGUCUGGGGGACCAGUGGACAGUUUACUGCCGUGUGAUCCGACGGAAGAAUCUGUGCCAGGACAUGAGGUGGUACCAGCGCUGCUGCCAAACCUGUAGGGAUUUCUACGCUAAGAAAGUACCACACAACAGCUAAUGACCAAACCAUUGACCUUCCCCACAAAGUGCUCUUAAAAGUUUUUAAAUGCUUAAUGUUAAUGCUGGAACUUUAUAUUUACAAAAGAAAAUGUACAUUUAAAAAAAGAAGUGUACAUUUAAAAGUAGGCUUCCAGUUGUACUCAAGACUUGAAAAUGUUCAUCGUUCUUUUGCUGUACACCAAAGAAGAAGAAUGGGCGCUCUAUUAAAAAGCACUCUGCAAUUUGUUUUAAUUAUUGCAUAGAGGUAUGGACAAUAAUUGCCAAAGUAUUGGAACAGUGAGGACAAUUUAGCAAUUUCUGCUAAACACUGAAGAUGUUUGGGUUUGAGAUAAAAUAAUUAACAUAAGAAGACUGUUUAGAAUGUCCACUUUUAUUCACUGGUUUUUACAGCCGUCUUUAUGAAUUCAACA